AUGGCAGAUGCCGUUGAGGAAUGCGUCUAUGACUACAUCAUCAUUGCUCCCGGUGCCACCAUGGAUACUCUCACGUUGCCACCGCCAGGUGAUCAUAGCUGGCGUGGACUUCCACUGAGACAGGUGCAGAGGAUUGGUGAACGUGACCAUAUGGUCCUGUAUCUGACGUGUGUUGGUGCUUCGUACCCGUUCAAACUCAAAGAAGCACGAGAUGACCUGUCUCUGAUGUUGUACGAAAGACGUGGUGAAUGCGACUGUGUGGUGAAACGAAUGCCCAAAGGACCCACAGUUCUCAACGUGCAGUACCGCUUGACUAGCCGGCAUUUGUAUUUUCAGUUGCUUGCCCUCACUGGCCGUCGGAUCUGUGGCUUCUCUUGGCCCACUGACCAGCCGCUUCGGGCAGCAACGGUGCUGAACAAUUUGGAGUUGGAGACAACAAUAGCCAAUGAGAUGAACACAAGCAAGCAAAACGUCAUCCACCUCAUUGGUUCCAGGUCCAACCAUGCCUUCACGAAGAAGGACUGA